AGUGCGUGGUCGCUGUCACCAGCUUUUUUCAUGACAGCAAAUGCAGGGGUGCGUGUGUGUGAAAGUUUAGGGUGAUUUCUUUAGAAUUUCUUGCAAUCACGACUAUUGCAGUUUAGGAUUGACUAAUCCUAUCGUGUGAAGUCAUUUUAAUGGUUUAGUGUUCCUUUCAGAACAUAGCUUUUGGUUUUGUGUGUUUAAGUUGUUUGAACGGGAACAGUUUCUGAGUCAUCGGCGCUCCUGCAGCAGAUCUUUUGUACUUUGCAAAACAUCGCAGCCUCGAUAAGCAAACUUGUCGCAGUGAAACAACAAAUAUAGUUUGAGCAACCUUUAGUUUCAAAGAUUAUCAUCGUUCUUCAUUGAGUAAAAUGCAAUCGUGUGACUAAAGGGUGGCCAGAAGUGUAAACAUUCCAUCCCUGACCCGAUCCGAGGCCGUAGGGCAAUUGAUUGACCCGCACACAUGGCGUAACGCACAUACCGUAGUCGUCCAUGUCAUCAGUCUUUAAUUCAAUUCUAGUCUGAACACACACACAAAAAACUGGACAACUUACUCUUGCGUAACGCGAUAACCCAAAAAUUGAAGGAAACCGAAACGCGCAACACACCAAGCUGGCGGUAAAAUCGAGUCAACGUUGACCAGCCCAACGAGAGGUCUUAAUCAACAGCAUCGAAUGCAAGAAUCUCGGCUCGGGAUGCAGUGUUUCGGUACCGGUUAUUCAUUGCCUCUGCUGACAUUAUCACCGUCGUGGUAUGCGUCAUUGUCUGUUAUCAGAAAGUCUCCGUACCUUGGAAAGUUUACGAUAGUCUCAGCUGCUCACUAGCAGCUAGCGCAGUGAUCGUACGUAUGCGGUCAAGUUAAUCGGUGUUGCGGGUCCGGUGACUAACUAGCAUCGGAAAGAUAGGAACUGUCUAGCGGACGUCGCCCUUGCAAAGCAGCAUUAUCGGAGAAGCAUCAAACAAACGGUUUCGUGCUGUUACUGAAACAAUUUAUCACGCGAGUUCUACGGGCGGAAGACGAAGAAGCAAAGUUUGUGCAAACCGUGCCGUGCGUAUAUUUAUUCGUCGUGUGCAUGUAAAAAGUGUUGGUAUUAAUAGCGAACGAGCCCGGCACAGAACAAUUCAAUCAUGAAACAAUGUCGCCAACGAUGAUAACCAUCAUACACUGCUUGGCUAUCGCUAUCCUGAUAUUUUGGUGCGGAAAAUGGAUCAUUCAUCUGACGGCCAUCACUUACGGGAAGAUAAAACUCCACAAGAAAGCUUCCCAGCAGCCCCGGGAGACGCCAUAUCCUUCGGUCUCUAUUUUGAAACCGCUAAUGGGAGUCGAUCCAAAUUUACAGAGCAAUUUGGAAACGUUUUUUCUAAUGGACUAUCCGGUGUACGAGCUGCUGUUCUGCAUCGAAUCCCAGGACGACCCAGCGAUCGAAGUGGUGAAUCGGUUAUGUGAUAAGUAUCCCAGCAUCGAGGCGAAGCUGCUCGUCGGUGGCUCCAACGUGGGAGUAAAUCCAAAGAUAAAUAAUCUCUACCCGGGAUAUGUGCAGGCUCGAUACGAGCUAAUAAUGAUUUCCGACGCAGGCAUUCGCAUGAAAAGCGACACGCUCACCGACAUGGUCAACCAUAUGACGGAGAAGGUGGGUCUCGUUCACCAGAUGCCAUUCGUAUGCGAUCGAGAAGGAUUUGCUGCCGCAUUUGAGAAGAUCUAUUUCGGCACGGUACAGUCACGGAUUUACCUAUGCGCCGAUCUGCUCGGCAUCAAUUGUCAUACGGGGAUGUCGUGUUUAAUGCGCAAGGAUGUGCUCGACCAGCUCGGAGGUGUACAAGCGUUCGGGUGCUAUCUGGCAGAAGAUUUCUUCCUCGCCAAAGCGUUCCACGACCAUAACUGGAAGCUAACGAUCAGCAGCCAACCAGCAUGGCAAAACUCUGGAAUUUGUGAUAUUAGCAGCUUUCAGGCACGGCUCACCCGAUGGGCCAAACUGAGGGUGGCCAUGGUGCCGACAACCAUCUUGCUUGAACCGAUGUCCGAGUGCAUCAUCGUAGGUUUGUUCGCGUGCGGUGCCGCCAAAGUACUCUUCCGAUGGAAUCCACUCGUAUUUUUUCUCAUACAUACGCUCGUGUGGUUCCUGUCCGACUGGGUUUUGCUGUCGAUAAUCCAAAAUGGGGCGUUACCAUUCAACAAGUUCACCUUCUUCGUUGGGUGGGCUUUUCGCGAGAUUAGCGGCCCUUACCUAUUCUUCAACGCCUUGUGGAAUCCAGCCAUUAGAUGGCGAACGCGCGUUUAUAAGCUCGCUUGGGGUGGUGUUGCGUACGAACUUACAUCUCAAAUUAAAUCAUAACUUCAGUUAGCGUACCGUGUAGCAAUGGCAGCAAAAUUAACGAUUUCUCAGGAUAUCACUCUGUCCCAUACUUUUCGCAGCAAAUUUCCUUUGCUUCGUUCGAACAAACUUCCACUGGAAAUAAAUCUUACAUAGGUCGAUUUAAAAAAACGAAACCAAGUAAAGCACACACGCCCACAGAUAUUACGAUCAUCCCAAACGAGGGCAAAUGGAUGAAAUGUCUCGCUAUAUUUCCUAAUUUUGUGUUGUUUAGUUUGGUAUGCUUUCCCUAUCGCUAGCAUUAGUUGGUUUAUUUAAGUUGCAAACAACCUACAGUUAUUGGGCAGGAAAGGAGGACUGUUGUUAGAAGCUCGGGUGUCUAUGUAACGAAGGAAUCCUCGAAAUUUUACGUCUAAAUUGACGUUAUUAUUCGCUGCUACAGAUACACGAUCCAACGAACAUCAUAAACAUUUAACGUGUCGAGAUUUUUUCUUUGUAAAACUGUUCAAUGUACAUAAUAUUUAUAAACCUUGCGAUGACUAUUAAUUAAGCUAGAACCCACUUUGGAUAAAACAAAACAACAAUACGAUGAAAAGUUGGAUGUAAAAACGAAAAAUAAACAGUGAAAAGUGUGAA